GCAAAGAAUUGCUGUUAAAGAAUUCGUCGCCAAGGUUUGCCAAGAAUCUUGUAUUUUUCAUUUUUGAAGAUCUUGUUCUAAUAUUUAGGUCGAAAUCAUCCUGCUGAACGAGCUCGGUCGCACUUUAGAAUCUGCCAACGAACCAGAUCGGCGCUUGAUUUCGAAACUUAAUAGGGCUUUAUUGUCCUACGACUCUAAUGAUAUCGGCCUCUAUCAUGUUCCAUCGCCUUCGCGUCCCGCAUGGAAAACCUGGAAUCUGGAUCAAGAAGAUCCCGUAAAGAUGAUGCAAGUGGUGGAUACGGUAUCUGAACUGCUACAGUUGCCCCGAGAAGAGAGUUAUGAGGUAAAGAAACCGGAUUUCGUACUUUUUUACAUUUUAGAUCACGAAGAAGAUGUCAGCUUAAAGCCCCGUAGCGAAUGGAAUCCUCGCCAUGCAGCUGAAAUCAUUGCUGCAUCACUUGGUGCUAAAUUACCAGCUGAUACAUCAAGUUUAUUCUCCCGAGGCACGUCACCAGAUAGAAAAUCGGAUCUAUACGAAAUAGAUGGGCGACGACGAGGUAAUAGUGUGGAUUCAUUCCGACGAACAAUGCCAUUGGAACCGAGUGUCUUCGUACGGGAUCGGCCAUCGAUGAUGUCGUUUCGCGAACGUUCCGUGCCAUCUGAGGAUACACAUACUCUUCGUAGCUUAGGGUAA